AAAGUCCUAUCAAAUCGCCGAUUUAGUGUAUUCACUAAAAAUUUUAUCUCCCACAAAACUGGAAGACCUUCUAAACAUUCAGACUUCGAAAAACCCUCCAUAUAACUCUGUUCUUCUUUAAAACUCAACCCGUGUGAAGAAUAUAGGUUUCCUCUUUACGAAUCAACUACAGCUCUUCUCACAAUAGUACCUUUGUUCAAAUUCAUCUUGGAACCUUCACUUUCUUCUCUUCGAAUCAAACUAUAGUUCGAUUUCUCGGUGAUAAUGUCACUGGUACAUGAUUCUCCCCUAAAUUUGGGACUCUUACAGCUCCCUAACCUUAUUCGAAUAAUGAUCUGGGACGAGGUUCUAUCACAAAAGGAAAAUCAAUACAUAGAAUCACAUAACCGUCUCUCCUUACUUCUAACGUGCCGUACCAUUCACUUUGACCUCGGAAUGUUAUGGCCAAAAGCUCUUCUUGAAAAUCGAACCUUCACUUUUCCAACCUUGGAAUCUUUUCUCAAAUCCGCUCCUUCGUACACACAUGGCAAGCAAGUUCUGAUACGAUCAGUCCAUAUCCAGUUUCACGAAACCCCGGAUUCGGAAAGUUACCACGGUUCUUUUCAGGUGCCUUACUCGAGACAUAAAUUUUUACUUGGUGAAAUUCUGCUGCCGAAAUAUCACGGAAUCCGGGAAUGGACCAUCGAUGUCUCAAAUCUCUUUUCUGGAUUAGGAAAUGACACCCCUAACAAAUUCUUUAUGCAACGCUACAUCUCAUACUUUGUGAGAUAUUGUCCAGCAGAACACUUUAAGUUGAUAUUCAAUACUUGCAAUGGUUCCAUUUUGAACUGUGCACAACCGAGGGAAGGAUUUGCGUUGGAAAGAAUCCACAAUUGUACCUUGCUUGACUUCGAAAUUGCGGCCGAAAAACUAUCGCGUCCUUCUAACGUCCUGGGUGACUGGAGCGGUUCCACAAUGCUCGUUUUGCAUCGCCCAACUCUCGCUUCUCGCGUCCCGAAUCCAGAAGUUCCGUACCACACGUACUAUAAUCAUGACCCCAGAGAUCCGUGGCGGGAGAUAAAGGCUUCUGUGCGGGAAAAGAUAACUCAUGGUGCAGCAUGGAGAUUGGAGAUAUGGAAACGGGCUAGGGAUACGAAGCUGGAUGCUAUUGAUAUGGCUAAUGCGUCUUUAAUUUUACCGUCAAGGAUUGGGGAAAUUUCAGAUCUGCGUAGCUUGAUAAAUUGGCAGAGGCAGAGGCAUCUUUGAAUUUACUUAUCUUUAUUAGUGAGGAUUGUAGAGAAAUAGUGGAGGGGACAUGGGUUGUUUUGAUGUCUUUUUGAAAGAUGUUGAUACUCUUUCAUGCUGGGUGGUUCAGGGGCUGGGGAUGUCGUCCUUCAAACCUCGUUCCUCAUAUCAUGAGGAGGUGAUGGUUAAGAGUUUUUUUUUGUGACUAUUUUUAGAGUCUUGCGAUACUGUGCCAGCCUCAUGGUCUGGCAUAGAAUCUUUGAGAAUCUGGAAUUUGCUUUGGGAUUAUAUGGAAUAACUAGGAGUUUGGGUACGGUGGAUUGAAGUCUGUACAAGAUCUUACAGAUGAGGAUUUUAAUGCAAUGUUGGGGAUAUGGAUUGUGGAGUAGAGUGUGGAGUAAGUUAAUGGUAGCUUUUAUCUACUAGGUAAUAUAAUCAAUGGAUGGAAGAUCAAUAGCAGAUGUUUGUCAUGUAUAAUAUUUUUCUAAUUGAAUUUGAUGU